CCCUUAUUUGUAGCUCGGAUUAACUAGAAUUCCAAUGGAAAAAAAAAUGAUGAUAAUUGCGUCUUCCCUUCGUGGGCUGAUGGUUCCUCCCUCGGUUUCCUGCUGAUUCCAAAUCGCUUGAACGGGCAGCGAGAAAUUGUUGAUGCAUGAAUUAAGGAGAUUCCCGAUAAGAACUCUUCAUGCUUGUUCGAGUAGGAUUCCUCGUCGCUGCCACUGCUGCAGCCUUUGCAGUUAAGCAGGCAAACAGCUCCAAACCCCCUCGAUUAAAACCUCCAGGGGAUGACGAGGCAAAGCUGGAUUUUGAUUCUACUGAAAGGAAGAUUACGGAUGAGGAGGAAGAAGAGGAGGAAGAAGAGGUGAAGAGAAUCAGCAGCGUGAUAAGCUCAAUCCAGAGCAAGCUGAUGGAGGAGGAGGAGGAGGAGGAGGAUGAGUUUCUGCCGGAAUUCGAAGAUCUCUUCUCCGGCGAGGUUGAGCUGCAGCUGUCGAGUACAGAUAAGUUCGCCGUUGUAAAAGAGGAUCCGUACUAUGAGAUGGAGAUGGAGAGGCUCCGGAAGCAGCUGAAGGAACUGGAGGAGCGAGAGGUGAAGCUGGAAGGAGAGCUGCUAGAGUACUACGGCCUGAAAGAACAGGAAUCCGACGUGGCGGAGCUGCAGAAGCAGGUCAAGAUGAAGGCGAUGGAAAUCGACAAGCUCAAGAUGACAGUGAGUUCGUUGGAGGAGGAGAAAAGGAUUCUGGAGGAGCAGGUAGCGAGGGGGGCGGGAGCGAGGAAGGAGGUGGAGGCGGCUAGGAAUAAGAUUAAGGAGCUGCAGCGGCAGAUGCAGGAUGAGGCGCGGCAGACGAAGGGCCACCUGCUGCUGCUGAAGCAGCAGGUGACGGCGCUUCAGGCCAAGGAGGAGGAGGCGGCGAAGAAGGAGGCGGAGGUGGAGAGGAAGAUGAAGGCGGCGAAGGAGCUGGAGGUGGAGGUGGUGGAGUUGAGGAGGAAGAGCAAGGAGCUGCAGCACGAGAAGAGGGAGCUGAUGGUGAAGCUCGAUGAGGCGGAGGCGAGAGCCGCAGCUCUCGCCAACAUGACGGAGACCGAGAUGGUGGCGAGGGCGAGGGAGGAGAUCAACAAGCUGCGGCACGCCAACGAGGACCUCACCAAGCAAGUGGAAGGCUUGCAAAUGAACCGCUUCGGCGAGGUGGAGGAGCUUGUCUACCUGCGCUGGGUCAACGCCUGCCUCCGCUACGAGCUCCGCGACUACCAGACCCCCUCCGGCAAGCUAUCCGCCCGCGACCUCAACAAGAGCCUCAGCCCCAAGUCCCAGGCGAAGGCCAAGCGCCUCCUCCAGGACUACGCCGGCUCGGAGCUCGGCCAGGGCGACACCGACAUGGAGAGCAACGUCUCCUCCAUGCCCUCAUCGCCGGGCAGCGAGGACUUCGACAACGCCUCCAUCGACAGCUUCUCCAGUCGCCUCAGCUCCGUCAGCAAGAAGCAGGGUCUCAUCCAGAAGCUCAAGCGCUGGGGCGGCGGCAGCAGAAGCGGCCGGGACGAGGCCGGCAUCCUGCUCUCGUCACCUAUAAGCGAGCGCUCGGCGACGCCGCGCUCCUCCCGCCCGAGGGGGCCUCUCGAGUCGCUCAUGCUGAGGAAUGCUAGCGACGGGGUCGCCAUCACCACCUACGGGAAACAGGAUCCCAGUGCCGAAGACGAGCAGUUGAACGGCGUCGCGGCCUCGUUCCACUUGAUGUCCAAGUCAGUUGAGGGCGUGGCGGACGAGAAGUACCCGGCCUUCAAGGACCGCCACAAGCUGGCGAUGGAGAGGGAGAAGCAGAUCAAGGAGAAGGCAGAGAAAGCCAGAGCCGAAAGAUUCGGCAACAAUGCGCUCAACUCUUAUCUCGAUUCCAGAUCCAAGCCAUCAGUUGUUUUGCCUCCGAAACUAACUCAAAUCAAGGAGAGGCAAACAACCCAGGCCGCUUCUACAGACUCCGGCGAGCAACCCGGCGAUGCCAAGGCGGAGAGCCCAGUGGUGAGCAAGAUGCAACUGGCACAGAUUGAGAAGAGGACUCCGAGGGUUGCUCGGCCGCCUCCCAAGCCAUCUGGUGGAGGCGCUGCUCCGACCUCCCCCGCCACUUCAAUAAGUGCUCUUCCACCACCUCCGCCGCCACCCCCUGGCGCGCCGCCUCCGCCACCACCUCCGUCGGGCGGCCCUCCGCGGCCGCCUCCCCCUCCCGGCGCUCUAACAAAAACGCCUACCGGCGAAAAAGUGCAUCGCGCGCCUGAGCUAGUGGAGCUCUAUCAGUCCCUCAUGAAACGCGAAGCGAAGAUGAAGGACACGCCCUCGAUCCUCUCCACUGCGUCCAAUGUAGCCGAUGCUAGAAGCAACAUGCUGGGCGAGAUCGCCAACCGAUCUACCUUUCUCUUAGCAGUUAAAGCCGACGUCGAGACCCAAGGCGAGUUUGUGGAAUCCUUAGCCGCGGAGGUUCGAGCAGCAAGAUUCACAAACGUCGAAGAUCUCGUUUCUUUUGUCAACUGGCUAGACGAAGAACUCUCCUUCUUGGUGGAUGAGAGGGCUGUUCUGAAGCACUUCGAUUGGCCCGAGGGUAAAGCUGAUGCCAUGAGGGAAGCAGCUUUCGAGUACCAAGAUCUGAUGAAGCUGGAGAAAAGAGUCUCAUCUUUCGAAGAUGACCCCAAACUUCCCUGUGAAGCUGCUCUCAAGAAGAUGUACUCUUUGCUAGAAAAAAUGGAACAGAGUGUUUAUGCUCUCCUACGAACAAGAGAUAUGGCUAUUGCUCGCUACAGGGAGUUCGGAAUUCCAACUGAUUGGCUGUUAGACUCUGGUGUGGUCGGCAAGAUCAAAUUAGCAUCAGUGCAGCUGGCUAGGAAGUACAUGAAAAGGGUUUCUUCGGAGCUCGAUGCAUUAGGUGGCAGCGAGAAAGAACCAACCAGAGAGUUCCUGCUUCUGCAGGGUGUGAGAUUCGCCUUCAGAGUUCAUCAGUUUGCUGGAGGAUUUGAUGCUGAAAGUAUGAGAGCAUUCGAAGAACUGAGAAGCAGAGUCAACAAGAAGACAACUGCAGCUGAGGCUUCGGAAGCCUGAGGGGAUUCAAGUGUCUCUUUCACUGUCACUCCCAGACUGACUGGUUUAUAUAUAUUUUGAGAUACCGCUACACUGAUUUUCCAUUUUGAAUAUAUAUUCUAUCCAAAGCUCAUGCAGCAAAGUUGUUAAUAGAAUAUAAUCCCGUUCGGAAGC